UUAUUGUUUUGAAAGCGUGUUCGUUUCUUCAAAACAAAAUUUGGCGGUUAAAAUUUGAAAACUCAAAAUGGCGAUGACAGAGGGCGAACUCGCGAAAUUGAAAAGACCAGAACUUCAGAAAAUUGCGAAACUAUACGCAGUUAAAGCUAACAAAAAGAAUGCUGAUAUCAUAAAAGAUUUAUUGCAACACUUUUCAAGCCUAAACGAACAAAGGAACAAUAUUUCUGUAACUCCGCAACCCAAAACAGAAGAAGAAAAUCCAAUUGAAAUUACAAUAAACAAUAACGAUAACAUUGUUGUGCAAAAACCCAAAUUACCUAUUCCUGAAAUCAUACAUAACUUUGAGCAACCGAAAAGCAAGAAAUCCGUGAGAAUAGAUUCAGAGAUCACAAUAAAAAAUGUGCAAGGCACAAAAAUUCCGAAACUUCAUGUUUGUCAGCUAAAAGAUGAAAAACCAAGAUCUGCAGCAAAAGACAAAUUCCAGAGAAUCCAUAACAGGAGCUUCAAUAAAAUGGAGAGCAUUGAUGAUUACAUCAAGAAGAAAACAGACAGGGCAAAUUUCUUGAAAUCUUCAGUAAAGGCGGUAGCUAGUGAUGUCUUGGAUGUUCUAUCCACAUUCAAGAAAUCUCACAAUACUCCAAAAACGCCCAGGAAUGCAACCAGUUCAAAGCCUACCCACACACCAAAGACAAACUUCACGCCACGAGCUAACUUCAUGUCUAAGGAAAAGAAAUCAGCAACAAGCAGAGUAUCAACACUGGAUCUUUCAAGUGCAAAAUCAAAAGUGAACUCCUGGCACAAAGACCGCACCGCAUCCCGCAAGACUGUAUUCGAUUUCAGAUCACCACUGACAAAGCUUGAUAUCCCAAAGAAAACACCCAACAAGUUUGACUUGAAGGAAAGUCUUAAGAAACCGCUAUCUUAUAAACCGCACCGCGGGAAACUUCUCGGUAUGGAGAAGAAGUAUUUUAACAAGGAGAAUGCAGCUGAACCACGUAGGACAGAUGUCAAAACGAUGAAAAGAACGCAAGAUGUUAAGAGGGAGGAAAGGCGAGCUACUAUGAAGAACAGUCGCCUAAUUUCCAAGCAAAAAUUGUUGGACAGACGAAGAGGGAUCGUGAGUUAAUUGUUUAGCCAAUUUACUUCAAAUUGGACUUUUUGUAAGACCCUCUUUAAGGUUGUAUAUAAAAACCCUGAUUUUUAGCAAUGUAGUGUAUGGGCUUUAGCAAUGUUUUGAAGGUAAUGCCCUUAUUUGUCCACGAAUAGUACACUCGCAAUAGGCCCAGUCUUUGCCAAAAAUCCUUUGAGCGUCCUGUUGCUAGAGUGUUCUUUUAAGAAAUUAACUGCUACCUGGAUUUUGAGUUCUGUAUGAACCACACAAAACCUUGUAACAUGGACCCACCAAACAACAUUGUUCGAGGGGGAAGUUGACAUGCGGUAUAUAAUAUUAAAAAAGUUGUUGAAGUGUACCAAGAAUUUUGGCAUGCUUUGUAAUUGCUUCUUGGAAAGAUGAUCUCUUUCUUGCGCUGGAACAAACAUCAAAACCAUUAAAGCUGUCUAACAUGUUUAAAUUAUUGUGCCUACCUGUCAGCUGCGAUGUGGAAAUCUUCACGGAUUUGUUACACUGGGUGGCUCUUAGUGCAUCUAGAUGUGCUGUUAUUUUGACACAAUUCGAAUUUCGAUACUGUUUGUAAUCAGCAGUUUUGCCAAAAAGGCAACUUUUUCUUAAUCGCCAUCUGUGAAUUCUCCUAGAUUGCCUUUAGAGCAAAUUUUUUGGUCAGUUGAUUGCCAUAUUUUCCUGUUGACUUGAACGCUGUGAAAAAUAAUUUCACAUUAACGAUCGUGCUGAGAUUCAUUUUCGACAAAAUGCCCUGUCAAUCGAUAUAAAGUAAUUGCCGAUCCAGCGAAACUAAAAAAAAGUGCAGCCUACACUCUCUGUAUUGCUUAUAAUCAAUCGUAAAUUUUGUUAAGUUGAACAAAACAUCGUAUUCAGCUGUGAUUCUGGAUGUUAACUUUGGCAACAAGGCCUUCUAGUUUAACAAAUUGAUUUCCGCUGCAGUCCAGUUUUACUCUAAAGAAUCCAAUAGAAAGCUCACCUAAUGUAAAGACUAAGCCUGUAAGGGGGUUUCGUUUGUAGUAAGCACGAAAGCCAUGUGCAAGAUCAGGGGCAACAGGGGAUGGCUACCACCGUUUUCUUGGCUCAGGAAACUGGAAUCAGAAGUAUACGAGAGGUGCAUUCCAUAAUUCUACUCACCUAAUCCCCGUCCCCUUUUCCCCAGCAACAACGGCAAAUAAUUUGUUGACAAGACAUCCCUUGCAUUAGUUUGACUUUAAGAUUGCUUCUUUUGCAUUGCUUUCAGUUGAAUGCCUUAGAGGUGUAUUGCUGUAUUUUCAAGAACCCUUGCUUUAAUUUAUGUACCCCACCACCCAAGCACAUGAUAAAAGUGUUUGAAUGCUCAACAAUGUCAAUCCUUUUGAACGACGGUUUUGAGUAAUCCUACCCAUACUAUGAAAUGAAUGGCUAAAUGCAAUACUAUACCAAUCAGAAUAUCGAAUGCAGAUUGAUCACUUUCAACGAAACCUGAUGCUCUGCCUGGACCUAACCGCCAGACACAACGAGCAGCAAAUCAUCUACGAAAAUUUCUCAUUACAAAUCUUAAAAUCAGGCCUUGACAGCUGCACAAUGUAUUUAGAUUAGGUCGUAUUCUUACACCCAUUUUGGCAAAAAAAAUGGUAGAAACAAUCCGUUGGCACUUUAUUCGGUGUGAUGUCAAUAAACGUUGCCUGCUGUUUUUAUUCUCAGUUCGAAAGGAAGUGCACGUGAAAUCUCUCUGUGAUAGAAAAGCUUGAUACAGUUUGACCUAGCAUCAAACGCAUAAUGAUAUGCAAUUGUCCUAUGCUUAACCAACAUAAAACGAGUAGAUGUUGGAACAUGGUUUAGGAUGUAUAAUAUGUAAAGGUGUAUAGAUCUGCCUGUAUUCUAGCUGCCUGUGUUCUAGCUGAAACGUAGUAAGCUUUGAGUAUCCUUGUUUUCUUUUCCUGUUAGCGAAAAUCCCUAUAUAAACCUAACUCUCUUGUAAAUCUAUACGAUUUUCGUCAGAUUUUGACAAUUUUGAUUGUAUAUGCUUUUAUUUCCAGUAUAUACCAACAGUGAACUUA